UUUAAAAAUGGCGGCCAAACGCGGGAGGACGUGGAAGAAGGACGAAACGCUUGUACUGAUAGAAAUUUGGGGCGAUGACAACACCCAAGAACGGCUUAGGUCUUGCAACAGGAAAAAGGCGAUAUGGGAGGACAUCAGUCUGCAUUUGAAAGCAUCAGGUUUUGAGGAUAGGGAAGGCGAAGCUUGCAAAACCAGAAUUCACACACUGGUAACAGCCUACCGCCGAUACAAAGAUAAAUGCUCUCAGUCGGGAACAGGAAAGCCAACAAAAGUAGCGUUCUACGACGAACUUGAUAACAUUCUUGGAGAUAAACCAUUCACCAGACCAGCCGUAGUAGUAAAUUCGCUGCAGAAAAAACAGGGAAAUCAGAGCGAACAACAACAGGACGAGCAGGAAGACGAAACCUUGGAGGAGAACGAAGACGACUCUACCGGUGAAGAAGAUGCUGAAAGCUCUCAUAUAGACAAAGACGGAGAAAACAAGAAGACAACUCCUGAAGGAAAAUACUUGCCAAAGAAUAAGAAGAGKAGAACAACAAACGAAAUGGUUUUGACAAAGAUGAAUGAUGUCAUGAAGGACUUCAUGGAGUGGCAAAGGAUGAGGCUUUCCUUAAAGCAGAGAGAGAGAGAACAGAGGGAGGAGGAAAGAGAAGAAAAGAAAAGAAAGGAAGACCAGGAGACUUGCUUCAGUUUUGAAAAAGCGAAGUGMAUAUUGGUGAAUAGUUACAGUACUGCUUAUGGAUUUGUAGCUCUGUAA